AUGAACGAAACCAAUCUUAUAACAACUAAAAUAGAUGAUCUUCCACCAGAAGUUCAUAUAUGUCUUUCAGAAUAUCUUAAUUCUGAUGACUGUAUUAAUAUGUCAAGAACUAACUCAAAGCUCCGCGACCAGUAUAAAUACUUGAAAUGGAGGUAUUGUCUUGUGGUUCCUCACCCUCAUGCUUUGAAACGGAUUUCUACAAAUUUCCGUACAAUCCCUUUUAUCUGCUUAAGAAAAACCAAAAAGUAUUCAUGGAUACCGUUCCAUCUCAUUAAAACUCUUGAACUUCACCAGACUACAAACUUGGAGUUUUCCGAUUUAUAUUUGAAAAUAUAUGAGCACGUUAUUGAGGAGCCAUUUCCUAGAGAGUUGAUCACUAAUGUUGAUAGAGUUAUUGUCAAUUUACACCAUUCUGCAAGUGUCUCAUUUUUUUCGGAAAAUUGGGGGAAAUCUCUUAUGGAACAAAAACUUGGUUGGCCUAAACUUGAAGUUAGACGGCUCCCUAUUGAAGCAUCAGAUUAUCUGCGUGAGUCCGACUCAGAUUUAGAAUUUGAAUAUCUUUUGGAACAUGAAUGGGUUGAGAAGUAUAAUAAUAAUCUUUUCUGCACAAGUCUUUUGGCAAAAUGCGUCAAUAUUUUGUUUAAAAGCAAAAUUGAUUUUAUAACCCCAAAUUUACGUUUUUUGACCACAGUCAUUACCGAAGAAAGCAGUUUUUCAUUUAAUACUAGUCUUCCACAUAUGGCUCCUGCCCUUGAAAAAUUUGAACUUAUUUGGAUAAUAGAUGAUUCUAUGAAUCCAGGCAAAAGAGUUCCACAAGCCAUAUCUUCUCUUGGCAAACUUGACACAAAGUCAUUUCCAAAUUUACGCCGAUGUUCAAUUACAAUUCCUAAAAAAACUUCAUCAUAUUCCAAUGAUUAUCUUCCUGAGCCUGAUCGUGUGGUUGUUAGAGCUCCAAUUGUGACUCAUAUCAUUAUUAAUUCACCAAUGAUUGAUAUUUCUCAGUUUCACCGUUACUUUAAAUUUCCAAAUCUACACAUGAUGUCACUGGUAGUUACUUCUCAUAUUCGUUACUCUGAGGCUGAUUUUGUUUGUCCUCUUCCAAUAAACAAAGAAUUGGGAUGGAAUCGCCCAAAACUACUUGAACUUAUUAUCAAUAAUAAUUCUCCAUUCAAUGACAAUACCUUAAAGCUUUUGAAAUAUAUAAUUGUCGAUCUAUCAAUUACUCAGCUCAAGUUAACCAUUGAUGUAGGAUUCAAAAGAAAUACACGUCACAUUUGUGAAAGCUUGUCUUUUCAGUCUCGUGCUUUACCAGUGAGUAAAGAGACAAUGUCAAAAUAUGCGCGUGAACUUGUUCAACCUACUGCUUUGAUACUUGAUAAGCUUAAUGACGAAAACAUAAUUGACAGGUUUAAGUAUUUCAAUUCCAUGGAGAAUAUUCACGUUUUGACAUACAUUAUUGCAAUGGGAAUUGGUGAACCUAGCAGUAUUUCAGAAGAGGAUAUUGAAUUUGCAAUAAAAGAAAUAUACAACAAAAAAAAUUUAGAUCGAGUUGUUCAUUAUGGAAUGUUUUAUGAAGAGAUUCUUCAUAUUUCAAGCAAAAAUAAAUCAAUUCAAUAUAUCAAUAUCGAUUUCAGAAAUCCACGCACUAAAGUCUAUUCUUCUGAAUUAUAUUUUUUAUCAAAAAUGCCAAUAUAUACCACCAAGCAAAUUCUACUUACAUUCAACUUGACACACAGAGAAAUAGAAGAAGAGAAUUGGAAAACUGAUUUGCCAGGUGUACCAUGGUUACACUAUAACUAUGGGAAACAAGAUCGCUACGGAGAUACCCCAGUUCAAGUGUGUAUCAAUACGACUCAACAAGGGAAGUUGAUUGAUCCUUACUAUUUAAGUUUAAAUAGACAUAAUUCAUAUAAUUUUUGGAAACCACUAAACGAAGUGGAUGUAAACUUUGAUGGAUGGUUUUAA